AUGUCCACCUGGUCAAGGAUGUCAUCUGCGCGCUUCAGCAAAGGAGAGGAAAGCGCCAUUGGUCCCGGUUCGUACGAAAUCCCAACCACCAUGGACGACCGCGCCGUGGUGAUACCCGCGACUGAGCGCUUCAUGGAGUCUGCUGAAGCCCCGGGGAACAGCUUCAGCAUCUUCGAUGAGAUGGACGCCACACCGAAGCCGCAGGUGGAAGGCGAAAGGCGCAAGUCUUUGCGACGGGCAUCCUCCGCUGCAAAGGAGAACCACAGACCCAACUCGAUGACGCCUCGGGCUGACCGGGACAAGAUCCUGUGCCAGGACGGCGAGCAAGAGCAACUGAGACGCCGCUUGCUGGACGAGGAGAAGAGGAGGGUCCAAGCAGAGGCGCGGGCGGCGGAUCUGCUGGCAGCGAAGAAGGCGGCGGCGAGUGCGCAUGUGCAGCUGCAGAGCCAGGAGCGCAAGAUCGAGCAGCUGCAGAAGGAGCUGGAAGACACAUGCCUUGCGCGCAAGGAGGCUCAGCGGCGAGCGUGCGAUCUGGAAGCUGACCGAGGGCGGGUAAAGAAGGCACUCCACGAGAAAGAGCAGCAACUCGUAGCCUCGCAGCGGAGUUUGGCCCUCGCGAAGGCGCAGCGGGAGGAUCGAGAGAAGAAGCUUGAGGAGAUCGCAGGUGACUCGGAGAAGUUUCGCCAAGAAGCGGCUCUGCUGAGGCAAAAGCUGGAGGCGGGUUCCAUGGAUGGCUGGAAGAGCCAGUCACACAAAGACAGCUUUCAUGGCAGCGCCUGGUCUGACGCCUCUUUGGCUGACGAGAAGGAUGCGUUUGCUCGGAGCAUGAGCCGAAUGAUGCGAAGGCUUCGCGAGCACGAUUGGCGGCCCGUUCAGUAUCGGGACGCUUUGGCCGCAACAGCACCUGCCCGAAUCGAAGAGGAGCUGGAAGAGCCCAGGCCGCGAUCCCGAAUGCUGCUGACAAGGCCCGGAAACUUGAGCAACUUGGGCUCCGAGGAGGUCGGAGGCAAGCUGGAGCAUCCUGCGUUGAGUGUCGACGCGGCGCAAGAGUUGAUCAAGGAGUGGAUGUCGGGCGCACAAAGCGCCACGCAGCCGACCUGCAGCAGUGCAGUCAGCCCACCUUCCACCACCCGCAGCAGCUCCGCGCGCAGCUCCGCGUCCCGCUGGAUGGAACAGGAGCCCGCACUAAGAACCGAGCGGGGUCCUCGACCCCAGGAGUCCAACAAAGAGCAGGAGCUCCAGACCGAGCUGAAUGACAGCCGCCGAGCUUUGGAGAAGAUGGCACACAUGCUCCACGACCGCGAGGAGCAGCUCCGGCUGGCAGAGAGCCGGAAGCCGGCUGCCCAGGUUGGAGCCGAAUCACCUGAUGCGAAGGCCGCGAAGCCUUCGGCGUCGAGCCCACCCGAAAGCACCCAAAGCGCGCAAAACACGCAGGGCACGCAGGGCACGCAGAGCACGCAGAGCACGCAGAGCAUGCAGAGCAUCGAGCAGGCUGUCCGCGAGCGGGCAAAGUGCGAGGUCUUACGCGCCGAGCUGGCCGAGCGGGAUGUGGAGAUCCAGCGGCUCCGCGCCUCGGAGCGCGCCACGGAGAAGCGAGCGGCCGAGGAGCUGAGGUCCGCGCGCCUGGAGCUGGCCGAGACGCGGCGGCAGCAGGAGAUCCUCGGCCUGGAGAUUCGCGAGGCGGAGCUGCUGCAGCAGCGCCCGCGGUCACUCCUGGAGCUCCUCGGCCUCCCUGCCGGCGCCCCGGCCGAGGCAAAGCGCGAGCGCCUGGCCGAGGCUGUGACGGUUCUCAAGCAGUUGGUGGAGGAGCUCGCAGCCCCAGAGCCGGAAGCUGGUUUGGAGGGCGUCUUCUCCCCACUGGGCAAGAUGCCUUCCAUUCCGGAGGAGGACUCCCCCGGGUCCUCCGUGAGCCCGUGUAGUCCAGGCAAGGGUACAAUGCUGCCUUAG